AUGAAAACUUGUUCUAUUAAAGGUUGUAAAACAACCAUUAAAGAAGAAGGUAUUAAAAUGCAUGGUAUACCCAAAGGGAAUAUUGGUGAUCAAUGGGUCCACCAAAUAAGACAAUUUCAGCCAGAUUUUCAGCAAACAAAAUAUACCGUGAUUUGUAGUAAACAUUUUGUUGAAUCAGCUUAUUUUGAAGGUGGAAUAUAUGGUAAAAAGGUUUUGGACAAAUCUGCACUACCUACUAUCAAUAAAAAUCUUUUUCCAAGUGAAAAUAAUGACGUCGUUGAGGUAUUUCCUGACAAUUUGAAUGUAACAUUCCUCAGUGAUAGUGAGUGUCAGUUGGACAAACAGAAUACUCAAUGUAUGAUACCAGAACAAAUGGUUUUCAAAGACUCAGAUGAAUCAAUAAAUUCUGCCAUUAUAGAUACACCAAUGCCUGUAAAAUCCAUGUAG